AUGGCGCGCGCGCGCGCGCCCACGGUGGCCGCGCCGCCGCCGCCGGCGGCGGAGGCGACGGCGGCGGAGGCGGUGGAGGUGGAGGCGGAGGCGGCGGAGACGCCGGAGGUGACCAUGGCGGAGGCGGAGGUGGCGCCAGCGGAGGCGGCGGAGGCGGAGGCCGUUCCAGCGGAGGUGACCAUGGCGGAGGCGGCGCCGGCGGAGACCGCGCCCGUGCCCGCGCCCGAGGUGACCAUGGCGGAGGCGGCGCCGGCGGAGACCGCGCCCGCGCCCGCGCCCGCGCUCGCACCGGCCGCGCCCGCGCCUGCGCCCGCGCCUGCGCCGGCACGCAAGGCCCUGGCGGCCUUUGCGGACACGCUCUGA